AUGAACAACAACAUUGCGGAGUUGGUGGACGCCAUGUCUAGGCUCUGCUCAAAACAGGAUGCUUCAGAGCAGUCUGGAAAGGAAAAUCUGGUCGACCUAUCUGAGAAUGACAUGGGUGCACGAAGAUUAACACUCACUUGUUGCUCAGAGCCCAGCACGUCCGCGGCCAGCCGACGUAUAUUCCGAGCAAGAUAUUCCAAGCGAACCAGAAAGGCCAUCAAGAAGAGCCUCAAGAAAAGCCAGGGUAUUACAGUAGAAAUUUCAGGCGGAAAUCAGUCUGAUCUGGAGCGGCUGCACACAAAUUUGGAUCGAGCGGAGACGCUCUAUGAAAUGGACGAUUUCCAGCGGACGUUAGAGCUCUGCAACCAGAAUCUGGAGAUCGAUCCCGAGCAUGGCUUCACCAUCUUUCUAAAAGGCUGCGCUCUGCAUGGCCUCAGACGCUAUGACCAGGCAUGCCACCUUCUGCAAACGGCUCUCGAGCUUUGCCCCGCCCGAGCAACAAAAGAUAUUGAAAAAGCUCUGCGACUGUGCAAGGCCGCCUAUGUACGCAGGGAGUACAACAUUUCGGAGUUCUUGCUCGGAAGGCAGCCGCCUCCAGAGGUUGAGGAGUUCAUUGGGGAUGUGAAGAUCAACAAGACCAGGGGUGGCAGGGAUCGGGGCCUUGGUCGGGGUCGCGGGCUCUUCGCAACGAAAGACAUUAGCGUCGGCCAGCUGUUCUUAGUGAGCAACGCAGCUGUCAUCGUUAAUCGCUCGGUAAGGCCUCUCAAGAUUGAUCCGAGCCACGAAAUAAAGACGUCUUUGCAGGAAGAUCUUGUAGACGCCGUUUUGGAUGCUUCCAAGAAAUCACAGAAACUGUGCCAGCAGCUUUUUCAGCUGGACGACGGUACUACACAAGUUCGCUCUUCAUUCCCGGCCAUUGAUUUGUUUCAUACACACUGCCAGGAAAGAAAAGAGGUGCGGCGAGAACUCAAAGAGCAGCGGAUACGAAACAUUGUUUCCCUAAACUCUUUCGGCGGGGAAUACAAGAAAUUUACAGGGGAGGGCCCAGAAAAUGCAGAGCCGUUGGGUUUUACAGGGUUGUGGCUACUGCCGUCAUUUAUCAAUCACUCAUGCCUCCCCAACGCGACCGGACUCCAUGUAGGAAAAGCAAUGUUCUUGCAUGCGGCAAAACCAAUCAAGAAAGGAGAAGAGAUUACCAUCUCUUACUUUGACGCUUUGCUUCCUCAGUCAAGAAGAGAGAAGAUUUGCGGGGCCUGGGGUUUUGAUCGGUGCAUGAAGUGCAGACGUUGUGGUCUGGAGAGGUCUCUCAGAACUGCUCUGGAGAGCUUGAAUGCACAGUUUGAGUCUUUGCACCAUGACGCGCUACAGGAAACCAACACCGCAAUGUCUGCAGGACAAGACUCUCCCACAGAGCUUCCCAAGUCUGCAGAAUUCGCCCAGGUCUUUGAAAAAUUGGAGCAAAUACUGGCAAAGUACACUACAAUGAAGGAAGAAGAAAAGAAUUGGGUUCGGGCGUCCUACGUGACUGCAUAUUGGGCCGGAAUGCAAUCGGACAAGUUAUCUUCCGUGGAUCCCAUUCUGUCCAGGGAUAAAAUUAUACUGAACGCCGUUGUAAGCACCGUGCCAGGGGAGAUUCGAACCCUUGCCAUGGUGGACCAAAUGCUUCAAGGGCUAAAGCACCAGAUUGGCAAUGAAGGAUCGGCUGUAAAGUCUUUCUUAGAACAAGCGACAGAUGUAUAUGUGCGAGUGUUUGGUACACACGGUGAAAUUUUUUCAGGUGCAAAGUCUACAAUCUUGUAG